AAUCCCAUAACAAACAAAUCAACAAAAAAAGUGUUAUUAAAUUCAGACACCAGUUUCCACCGAUCAACAAUCAAUUCACUGACAGAUCUGCAUAUCUUUUUAUCCAAUUCAUUCACACCUUAUCUUGAUUCUGUAAGAUCACAAUCUCACAAUCAAUGGCAGAAAAGCUACCGAUGAUUCAUCGUUCAACCUUCUUAUUACCGCCGGAAACAACCGCCACCGUCACCGGAACUCUUCCGACGACACACGCACUCAUUAUUCUCAAUCAACGUCUUCCAAAGUUUUCACCCUUACUCUGGGAACACGCAAAAGUUCGUGUGUGUGCUGAUGGUGGAGCUAAUCGGUUGUUCGAUAACAUGCCGGAGCUGUUUCAUGAUGAACACGAUGAUGUUUCGGUUAUCCGUCAAAGGUACAAGCCAGAUGUAAUAAAAGGAGACAUGGACUCAAUCAGACCAGAUGUUCUAAAUUUCUACCGAAAUUUGGGAACAGAGAUUGUAGAUAAUUCCAGUGACCAAGACACGACAGAUUUACAUAAAUGCAUCACAUAUGUACUAGAUCUCAUGUCUGAUGACGAGAAAUCAAAUCUGUGCAUACUUGUUGCUGGAGCACUUGGUGGUAGGUUUGACCAUGAAAUGGGAAACGUGAACACCUUGUGCCGCUUUUCAACAACACGGAUUGUUCUUUUGUCCAAUGAUUGUCUUAUCCAACUUCUUCCUAGCACCCGACAUCAUGAGAUUAAUGUCCUGUCUUCAGUUGAAGGCCCACAUUGCGGUCUUAUUCCCAUUGGCACCCCUUCUGGAAGCUCUACAACUACCGGGUUAGAGUGGAAUCUUGAUAAUAUGGAAAUGAGAUUUGGCGGCUUAGUGAGUACUUCAAACAUUGUUAAAGGAGAAACGGUAACAGUUAGAUCUGAUUCUGAUCUUCUGUGGACAAUCUCUCUUAAAAAGCAGACAUGUAGCUGAAGAAGGCAACCUCUAUAUUUGUUGGAUAUAAUAUAAUGUAUCUUUGACAAAUUUCGACUCUGUUAAUAUGGCAGCCAAUCGACUGGUUUCAAGUGCGUACCAAAACGUGUUGGGUUGGUAUUAGAAUCUUGUUACUUUUCAUAUUGCUAUGUAUUUGGGCUUUAAUC